UCGCCGAUGUCCGAUGGCUGAAAAUGGUAUUGCAUUGAACCGCUUGGCCCACAGAACGCCCCUCGGUCGUUUGCGGCCCCAUUGUUUCGACCAUUUUCCUUUUUCUUGUUUUUUCCGUUCGGUUUCGCCAAAUGCCAAAUGGAGUAGACAGUUAGAGAGCCACCUUGGCUAAGCUAGAACCAGUGGACAGGCGGCUAAGUUAAAACGGAUUUGAAAGCCAUUGUAUGUAGUAGCUUCCUUUGCUUUAGCUUUCAAAGGGACUGUCACUUGGAGAGACCUUUGAACAAAGGCCAGUAGUAGAGUCGCUUGAAAGAAGACACUCCGAUUAUUAAGCAAAAAUUUCCAGUACAGCAUUAUCGCAACAAAUAGCAAAGUCAAUUGGUAAUUGAACAAAUAUCUAGUGUAAUGAAUUUUAAAGACAACGCGGACAGCUCGACAGGUAGCCAAAUUGGCAAGCAAAAAGAUUUGAAGUCGCCAAAAAGGGCUAGGGACGGAGUGACCAAAAAAACCAAGAAGAAUCUGCCGAAGAAGGCCACUAUGGCGCGGUCACCACUGACUCCAUCUAUGAAAAUCAAGGCCUUGAUAAAGAAAAGAGUUCAAAUGGCGCAGAAGCGGAAGCUAGCACUUAUGACAUCCGCCAAGGAUAAAUCACUGCAGCUGAAGUCCAAACGUAAAGUCAUUGUGGUGGAGCCCUCUUCGAAGUCCAUGCGUCCCAAGAUGAUUAGCCGGCGCCCCACUCCGUUGCCCCGUCCGCGAAAAAAAAGGGAAAGUCGUGCAACGACCUUGCCAAAAUAUAAUCCCUUGUGUCAGAAAAAACACCAUGUCGUCCACGAAAAAUCCUCCGAAGGCUGAUAGUAAUAUAUUAUUAUAUUUGCAACUUUUGGCGCAUUCAAAUUUUCGUACCCAUCUCUUCUGAUUAUCGUAGUCUGCUCACAUAUUGAAUUCUCCAAACUCAAUUACAAUAAAUUCCAAUUGCGAUCGA